AUGGAUUCACCAACUCAACCCGUUGCUACGUUGCUGCGGCUUUUCAGUAGCGUCAGAAAUGUUGAAUAUCUCUCAACCUCAUAUAUCUGGGCCGUUGGAAUAUUCUCGUUCAUCCUGAUGAUUGCCGCGAAGCGCGGCAGAUCUAAAUUAAAAUGUUUUGAUAUGGAUGGAGUGCCCAUGAAAGAGCUGAAUGUUGGUGGAACAUCCAAAGCAGCUAUUGUAUUUCUUCCACUACAAGUGUCCAAGAAAGGAGAGAGUUUGGCUCAUGAUGAGCCAUAUGUGCUCCGAAAUGGAAAACAUCGCGAGGUUGUGAUACAUACUGCAGAGCAUGUUCGAGAGUUUUUGCGCAAGGACUCAAAGGAUCAUUAUCGACCCCCAGACCUAAAUUUUGGCGAUUAUUUCUAUCGAGUUUUAGGUCAAUGUGUUGGUGCCCUUCACGGAGAAGAAUGGCGAGUGGUGCGCCGCCAUUUCGACCCAGUCUACACUCAUGGCGUAAGCCUGACUCUGAUUAACCCUUUCAAACAAGAGGUCGAGAAUUGGCUCAAGGCACUCAAAAAUGACUCACUCCGGGCAGGUGUUGGUCGAAUGGUUGUACACGCGCCGACCUCUUGCGGCUUACUACCGCUCCGGGUCAUACCACUCAGCUUCUAUGGCGAAGCAUUUGAUGAUGAGGAAUAUUCGAAACUUGUUCGCAUCAGCGCGAUGCAGAAACAGGCGCUUAAAAAUGCGGUGGUCGGUCGAUGGCAGAAGUACAAAUGGUAUAAUAUGCUACCAACCUCUUCUAGUCGUAUCCUGGAGCAGUAUCAACAGGAAUGGAAGGGAUUCAAUACUGCAAUUUUGGAUAAAGCACGCAUCGUAUGGGAUAUCAUUAUCACGCUUGUCGCUUUCUCGGCUAACACAAUUCAGAGUGGCAUGGAUAUUCCGGCCAAUCAUGUCUUUCAAGGCGUUAAGCCCGAGGAUGGCAUGUCUAUGGAUCAGUAUCUGCAAACAAUCGACGAGAUGAUUUUCACCAACAUUGAUAUCACUGGAAACAUCCUAGCAUUCAUGUUUGGAAAGCUAGCAAAACAUCCGGACUUCCAACAAAGGCUUUUUGAAGAGAUCGUUUCACAGAAAGACGAAGUGGGUCUGAUUGAUUUCAAAAACUAUUUGGCUCGACAAACGACUCUCUUGCAUUAUUUGUGCCUGGAAAGUGUUCGUCUACAUCCGGCUAUAUCAUUCUCGGUACCGGAACACACCACCGUUGAUAAAGUGAUUGGACGUUACAAAAUUCCAGCACAUACCCCAUUCGUCAUUGACGUCUGUCGCCUAAAUACAAAUGCCCUGACAUGGGGUGCGGAUGGAAGUGAAUUCCGCCCUGAGCGUUUCUCCGAGCUCUCACCAAAUGACUACCGUUAUGGAUUCAUGAGGUUUGGGAUCGUGUCGGGAAAAUGUCUAGGAAAGCAUAUGGCGGAUGUGCUUAUGAAAGUGGCGCUUAUUAUCAUCCUGGAGAAAUACAAAAUCGAGGAGGUUGAGAUGAAUAUUGGUGUCAAACCAGGGGACUUGGCAUUCAUAACGCGUAAGUGA